AUGGAUAAGAUUUUCGAGAAGGAAAACUUAGCUUUGAAUCAGAAUUUAAUUGUGGAGAAUGGAGUUUGUAAGUGGCGAAAUGCUUCAGAUUCUUUAUUCUCGGUCAAGCAAGUUCGGGAGGACCUCGAAAAGGCUCGGCUUAAUUUGUCGGGCAUCGAGCCGAAACUGAAUUGGAAUAGCUGGGCUCCUCCAAAAGGAAACUUCCUUUUAUGGAGAGCGGUUAUUGAUCGGGUAGCGUCGAGGGAGGGGCUGGCAAAAAGGGGUGUGCCAUUGGUCGAUGUGAACUGUCCACGAUGUGGUUUACAUGUGGAAACUUCCAACCACAUUUUUCUAUCUUGUCUUUGGGCUAGAAGUAUUUGGUGGAACGUGUUGGCUUGGGUUCGUAUCAGGUUCCCGGCGGAUUGCUCUUCACUCGCGGAUCUGCUUAAUUAUGUCAAAGAGAGUCCGGGAAGUAGAGUAUGGAAACGAAUUGUUAACAUGGUUUGUAUUUCUACGGUUUUGAGAAUUUGGAGUGCGAGAAAUGCGAAGGUUUUUGAUGACUGUUUUAUCCCGAUUAUGAAGACGGUGGACCUUGUAAAAGAGGACUCCUAUCUUUGGAUAUGCAAUCGUUCAAAGUGGAAGAAGCCCAAGUGGGAGAACUGGAUGAUGUUCGAUGUAGUUGAGUUGAUGUAA